CAUGCGCUUUUCGUCAUCCUUCCGAACAGCAAUGGCGUCUCCCUUCACUGUGCACAGGUUACAUAUGAGGGGAAGGAGCCCCGUUGUAAAAUGCCUAAACACAAUCGAAACUAUACUCCGAAGGAGUGUAGGAACCGAGCCGGUGGUCGCUCACACCGAGGGAGCACAAGGAGACGACAGUGGAGAAAAAGAUGGGCCCAAGUCUUUGUCUGAGCUCAUGGCGGACCGACAGGAACAGGCGGAGAAGUCGGUUUUGAUCAGCUGCCCGUCCAGAACCAGCGAGAAAAAGUUCCUCAAGUUUUUAUCAAAGCACGGAGACAUAAACAAGCACUUCUUUUACGAAAGCUACGGCGUCUACGCCGUGGUGGAGUUUGCCCGCCGGGACAGCGUCGUCUCUUUGCUAGAGUCAGCCGCCAUCCCCAACGUCAACCACGAAUGCAUGGUGCCGUUUAAAUCCAGACUGCUGUCGCUGAGCAACCAGAGCUCGGCGGCCUCUCCAGCCCAGCAGCCGAGGUUGCCGUGCCGACCUCAAACCACCAUUGCCAUCAAUGAGCUCAUCCAGAGGCUUUCCAGGGAGGACAGCGUAGACGAUCAGAUGGGCGCUCUGACGGAGGCCUACCAGCUUACAGAGGAAAACAGCAGACUGCGCUUCCUCGUCUGCUCUCUGCUCAAAGAUGUCGCCGCCGCUUAUUUCCCAGAAUGCACCAUCAGGCCGUUCGGCUCCUCGGUGAACGGCUUUGGGAAGCUCGGCUGCGACCUGGACAUGUUCCUGGACCUGGACACCAUCAGCGGCUGGAACUUUAAACCGCCCAAAUCGGGCCUGAGCCUCGAGUACCAGAUGAAACGGACCAACUCGGAGCGCCACGUCACCCAGAGCAUCCUGUCCGUCAUCGGGGAAUGCGUGGACCACUUUGGGCCCGGCUGCGUGGGCGUGCAGAAGAUCCUCAACGCUCGUUGCCCCCUGGUCCGCUUCGCCCACCAGCCGUCCGGCUUCCAGUGCGACCUCACGGCCAACAACCGGGUGGCGAUGAAGAGCACGGAGCUGCUGUACCUGUAUGGGGAGCUGGACCCGCGGGUGCGCAGGCUGGUGUUCACCGUGCGCUUCUGGGCGCGGGCCCACGGCGUCACCAGCAGCAUCCCCGGCGCCUGGAUCACCAACUUCUCCCUGACUGUCAUGAUCCUGUUCUUCCUGCAGAAGAGAAGCCCUCCCAUCAUCCCCACACUGGACCGGCUGCGGGACCUGGCAGGUCCCGCAGACGAGAGCGUGAUUGAGGGGACCGACUGCACGUUCGUCAGCGACUUCAGCAAGAUCCAGCUGCAGAGCAACACGGACACGCUGGAGCAACUGCUGGGAGACUUUUUUGAGUUCUACGCCACGUUUCCGUUCAGCAGAAUGUCCAUAAACAUCAGAAAGGGCAGAGAGCAGAACAAGCCAGAGGUGGCGCCGCUGCACAUCCAAAAUCCUUUCGAGACGUCUCUGAACGUCAGCAAGAACGUCAACACCUCCCAGUUGGACCGCUUCGUGGCUUUGUGUCAAGAGAGCGCCUGGCUGCUCCAGCAGGGCGAGGCCAGGACACAGAGAGGCAGCGGCGGGAACUGCAUGGACAACCCGUGGGGGCUCGCCACCCUACUCCUGCCUUCCAAGGUGGCCGGGAUCAAAGGCCGCAAGAAGUAUAAAAAGGAGGGGGCUAGCGAGAGGAUAAAGAGCUUACUGGAAUCUUUGAAGAACAAAAAUGAGGAACCGAAGAGGUAGGACGAAGCGAGAAGAAGAGCUAUCUUCACAUUUUAUCAGAACUUCACCCAAACAUUUGGGGCUGGAUUUUAUUCUUCUGAACUUGUGGGAAAAUUGCAGAUUGCAACUUGGACUGCAGUUCCUGACAUGGAUACUUGGGAGUGUCCCUGCCCUUCUUGUAUGUGAAUAUGAGUUGAAAUAUAGUAAUAUUAGCUGUGUAUAUUACUGUAGAGUUCCUACUUUAUUUUAAUAAACAAUAAUGAUGUGGACUCUGAAUCAGACCCGUUUAUGAAAUUUGGUUUUGAAUGAGGUCACCAGAAAAACUCAUGUUCAUUUUGUUUUUACAAUUUUUUAUAUACUUUAUGUAACACUACUGCAAGUUAAAUUGAGUAAUAAUGAUGUUUUACUGGAAAGCAUAAACACCUCAAAGCUCCAAAGGAAAAAACACAACCUUACAUAAGCAGUAACCAUCUUUCAUGUGGAUUACAGAACUGUUAAUAAAUAUGUUUAAAUAAA